AUGGAGGCCCAGUUACUCACACCGGUCAUUACCCUGGCAAUGGAGGCAGAUGGCCAAACUCUAGACCUUGGGAGAGCCCAAGACAGAGGGAGAGCCUCUUCAACAAACAGUGAUGUUAUUUUUCUGAAACUUCACAUACCAUGGGAUGUUCUCUGUUGCUAUGCAGAGCUUAUGAACAUCCGCAUGCCUUUUAGGAGGAAAAUCUUUUACAUGCACCGACGACAUAAGUUCAUGAGCAGGAUGAAGCAUGUCAACAAAUUUCGUGACUGGCUUCCCCGCAAGCCCAUGUCACCCAUGUUUGACAAUAACACCCUGCCUGACCUGGAGGAGAACGAGAGCUUUACCGCCCCUUUCAGUCGAUCGAGGAUACAUCAUUUCAUCAUCCACAACAAAGACACAUUUUUCAGCAACGCCACAAGAAGUCGCAUUGUCCACCACAUCCUCCAGCGGGUCACAUAUGAGGAAGGGAAAAAUAAGAUGGGGCUUAAUCGUCUUUUGAGCAAUAAUUCUUAUGAAGCAGCUUUCCCUCUUCAUGGGGGGAGCUAUCAUAGCAAAAACUCCAUCAGAACACAUGGAGCAGAGAAUAACCGGCACCUGCUGUAUGAGUGUUGGGCCUGGUGGGGGGUUUGGUACAAGUACCAACCACUGGACCUCAUCAGGAGUUAUUUUGGGGAGAAGAUUGGUCUCUACCUCUCCUGGCUUGGCUGGUACACAGGGAUGCUGUUUCCCACUGCCCUGGUUGGGCUCCUGGUAUUCUUGUAUGGUGUCUUCACUGUAGAGCAUUGCCAGGCCAGCAAAGAAAUCUGCCAGGCCACUGAUAUCAUCAUGUGCCCCAUCUGUGACCAGUACUGUCCCUACCUGAGACUGUCUGACAGUUGUAUCUAUGCCAAGGUCACCCAUCUCUUUGACAAUGGGGCAACUGUUUUCUUUGCUGUAUUCAUGGCUGUUUGGCCAACUGUUUUCCUGGAGUUCUGGAAAAAACGUAGAGCUGUCCUUGCAUACGACUGGGACCUCAUUGACUGGGAGGAAGAAGAGGAUGAAAUACGCCCCCAGUUUGAGGCCAAAUAUUCCAAGAAAGAUAGAAUGAACCCCAUAUCUGGAAAGCUUGAACCUUACCAGGCCUUCACAGAUAAAUACAGUCGCCUUAUUGUCUCAACAUCUGGGAUGUUCUUCAUGGUACUCCUGCCAGCACACUUACUGCUGCUGGGGGUUAAAGGUAUGUUUAAUGGAGCCUUUACUGCUGUACAUCGAUGCUGGCUCAAAGUACAGUAUGUCAGGCUAUAUGCAUUUGUGAAAGAGUAAAAAAUAACUGAGUUGCUGUUAUAUCUAUAUCUCCACUGUAUCAGUUUCUUACCAUUUCUGUUUUCUCUGUGUACGUCCACAGAGCAGCCAAGAACGGAGGCUGAGUGGGAGAACAGCUUUACUCUCAAGAUGUUCCUUUUUCAGUUUGUCAACCUCAACAGUUCAACUUUCUACAUUGCCUUCUUUUUGGGAAGAUUUACAGGCCGGCCUGGUGCAUAUCUCCGCCUCAUCAAUCGCUGGAAACUGGAAGAAUGCCACCCCAGUGGCUGUCUUAUUGAUCUCUGUAUGCAGAUGGGAAUCAUCAUGGUGCUAAAACAAAUGUGGAACAAUGUUAUGGAGCUUGGCUACCCGCUGAUCCAGAACUGGUGGACACGGCGGACACUGAGGCAAGAGCAUGGACAAAACACCAAGGCCAGGUUCCCACAGUGGGAGCGGGAUUACAGCCUGCAGCCAAUAAAUGCUUAUGGCCUCUUCGAUGAAUACUUGGAGAUGAUUUUGCAGUUUGGCUUCACCACCAUCUUUGUGGCAGCUUUCCCUCUGACCCCUCUCUAAGCGCUACUGAACAACAUCAUCGAGAUUCGUUUAGAUGCCUACAAGUUCGUCACACAGUGGCGGCGCCCUCUGCCAUCACAAGCCAAAGACAUAGGGAUCUGGUAUGGCAUUCUGGAGGGCAUUGGCAUCUUGUCGGUUAUCACCAAUGCCUUUGUCAUUGCUGUUACCUCAGACUUCAUCCCUCACCUUGUUUACGCAUACAGGUAUGGACCUUGCACUGGCCAGGGCAGAUCAGGAGAGGGAUGUAUGAUGGGUUACGUUAAGGCCAGUCUUUCAGUAUUCCGAGUGUCUCAUUUUGAGAAGAGAUCACAGCCCAGGACUAACGGCUCCGAGCUGUUUGGAGAAGCUGUUACAUAUUGCAGGUAUCGUGACUACAGGGAGGCUCAAGACUCUGCUGAGCCCUACUCUUAUACUGUACAGUUCUGGCACAUCCUGGCAGCACGGCUGGCAUUCAUCAUUGUUUUUGAGCACAUGGUCUUUGCUAUCAAGACCCUGAUUGCAUACCUGAUUCCAGACCUUCCAAAAGACUUGCGGGAUCGUAUGCGCAGGGAGAAAUACCUGAUCCAGGAGAUGAUGUAUGAGGCUGAGCUGGAGAGACUGCAAAAGGAGAAAAAUGAGAAGAAGAAGAAAGACAGGGCCCAUCACAAGGAAUGACCUUGAACAUAUCUGCUGACCAUCGCCUCCCAGUGGUCAGUAGACGAACUUCACCCAGCAGGGUCACACAGAGACCAUGGAGCCCUUGUGUCCGCACACACAACAGAUGUCCUCUUGAGCCUUUGGCAGCAGAUUUUCCUACUUUUUUCCAGUUAGUUUCUACCACUUUGGAUUCUCUACAGUGCAUGUAUCCUGAAUUAGAUUAGAGAAAAGAACUCUUCUGAGCUUAGUGAGUGACAAGCCCUGUUUACAAUUCUCCUUGUUUUAUUGUAAAUAAUAAAUAUGAUAAUAUUUAAAUGAAUGUCAGGCCAUCUGCUCUGCUAUAGUGUAGUGCAAUAAAAAUACAUCUAACAAAAAUACCUAAAGAUUUAGUUUAUCCAAGCUGUGGCAGUGUGUCCACAGCUUGCUUACACCAGAAAUGCUUUUGCUUUGAAUUUAGAUUGAUAACUAUAGUAGUAAACAUUAUUUAUUUUAAAAUAAAUUUUACUUUGACUUG